CGCCCCCGCUUCGACUCCUCUUCCUCCCAGCGUACGGUAUUCCUAGGCCCUACGUUCCCGCAGCCUCUGCAGUCCCGGAGCCGUAUAUUCCGCAUCCCAGGAGUCGCGCAGCCUUGGACCCCGGAGCCCUUGCGCUCCGAAGCUCCCCGAAUCCCCUGGUGCCGUGCACCUCGCGUCCCCGGAGACCCCGCGUCCUUGCGCGCUCCCCACAGUCCCGGCAGCGGCCGGCCACCGCCCGACCCGGCGGACCACACUGCCCUCCUCCGUUCCACCGGUGCCAUGGCCGCCCCGGACCUGUCCACCAACCUCCAAGAGGAGGCCACCUGCGCCAUCUGCCUCGACUACUUUACGGAUCCGGUGAUGACCGACUGCGGCCACAACUUCUGCCGCGAGUGCAUCCGGCGCUGCUGGGGCCAGCCCGAUGGCCCGUACGCGUGCCCCGAGUGCCGCGAGCUGUCCCCGCAGAGGAACCUGCGACCCAACCGACCGCUCGCCAAGAUGGCCGAGAUGGCGCGGCGCCUGCACCCUCCGUCGCCCGUCCCACAGGGCGUGUGCGCCGCGCACCGCGAGCCACUGGCCGCCUUCUGCGGCGACGAGCUGCGCCUGCUGUGCGCGGCCUGCGAGCGCUCGGGGGAGCACUGGGCGCACCGAGUGCGUCCGCUGCAGGACGCGGCCGACGAUCUCAAGGGCAAGCUGGAGAAAUCCCUGGAGCAUCUGCGGAAGCAAAUGGAGGAUGCACUGCUGUUCCAGGCCCAGGCGGAGGAGACCUGCUCCUUGUGGCAGAAGAUGGUGGAGACCCAGCGGCAGAACGUGCUGACGGAGUUUGAGAGGCUGCGCCGUCUGCUUGCGGAGGAGGAGCAGCGGCUGCUGCAGAGGCUGGAGGAGGAAGAGCUGGAGGUGCUGCCGCCCUUGCGGGAGAGCGCAGCCCGGCUCGGACAGCAGAGCGCCCAGCUGGCCGAGCUCAUCACUGAGCUGGAGGGGCGCUGCCAGCUACCAGCACUGGGGCUGUUGCAGGAUAUCAGGGACACCCUGUGCAGAGUCCAGGACGUGAAGCUGCAGCCUCCUGAGGUGGUGCCCAUGGAGAUGAGGACGGUGUGCAGGGUCCCAGGGCUGGUGGAGGCCUUGCGGAGGUUCCGAGGGGACAUGACCCUGGAUCCUGACACCGCCAACCCUGAGCUGGUACUGUCAGAGGACAGGAGGAGCGUGCGGCGGGGGGACCUGCGGCAGGCCCUGCCCGACAGCCCUGAGCGGUUCGAUCCCGGGCCUUGUGUGCUGGGCCGGGAGCCCUUGACCUCCGGCCGCCACUACUGGGAGGUAGAGGUCGGGGAGCGGGCCAGCUGGGCCCUGGGCGUCUGCAGAGAGAACGCCAACCGCAAGGAGAAGGGCGAGCUGUUCGCUGGUAACGGGUUCUGGAUCCUGGUCUUCCUGGGGAGCUACUACAACUCCUCCGAGCGGGCUUUUGCCCCUCUCCGAGACCCACCCCGGCGCGUGGGUAUCUUUCUGGACUACGAGGCUGGACAUCUGUCCUUCUACAGUGCCAACGAUGGGUCGCUCUUGUAUACCUUUCCCGAGACGCCUUUCUCGGGGACCCUGCGGGCCCUCUUCUCACCUCUGUCCAGCAGCCCAACCCCUAUGACCAUCUGCAGGCCGAAAGGUGGGCCUGGGGACAUGCUGGCUCCCCAGUGAGCAGGCCCCUCAUAGCCCUUUGUCCUACCUUCCGACUCUUCGAGACACUUGAAAAACCUGAGAAGAGGGUGUUUGUCCUCUGAGCUAUGGAAAACGCUCGUCAUGCCACUCAGAUGCGUGUAGCAAACUGAACUCUGUCACUGCCACUCCCAGGAAGCCAUGUGUGAGUGUGUGCGGGCUGGGCUGUCCUCCCUCGGGGGACUCUCCAAGGUCAUCGGGUGCUGAGACCCCAUUCACCAGUGCAUCACACACAGUCCUUUGCAGAGCCCUGAGCCUAGGGCCCUGGUAGCUCUGGUUCCAGGAGCCUCACCAGCUUGCCCCACCCAGCCUCAGUCUGGGGUGAGACAGCAGGGCCUGCAGAACUCUCAGGCUGCAGUCUGAGCACCCCCCCCCCACAAACCCUGGGGCCACACCUCGAGAAAGCUGCUGUCUUGUGAGACUGCUGGCCGAGAGGUGGCUCCAAGCCCACCAGCCUGUCUUGGGGUCUGGUCCAAACUGGUGGGGGGUGGGUCUGGAUGUAGUUGCCUCAGAUUAACUGGGGUGCAGCAGAAUCCUCAGGUGACAGGUGAUGUGGGAAGAGCCACAGGGAGAGAACUGGGAGCAAGUCACUGAAUAAAGGGGUUGAUUAACUAGGACACACAGAUGCCCUCACAUCCCCCUGAACGUGGCCCACUCAGGGCUUUUGGAAAAAGCUCCUUCCCUGGUUCCCAGUGCAGAGGUUCAGUUGUGGGAGGUCUGAGGGGCUGGAGUUGAGUGUGAGGCUCAGAAAUGACACCUCACUGUUACCAUCCGAGCGGCACUGAGAAGAGCAAGCUGGCGUUGCCCUCUCAAAUGCCUCUUUAGUGGCCCGUGGGGGUGGUCCCCGAACUCAGAACCCAGAGUCUCACUCCUGCCUGGGGGAGGGGGGAGGCCACAGAGAGCCCUGGCUUACAAAGUCCAGGGUUCGUUUUUGCUUUAAGUUUUGACGCUUCUUCACCCUUCUCAAGAAGGUGUGAUGCAGCGUCUCUGCACCCCCUAGAUUUUUAUUAAUUGUAAGGACCAUUCUCAUAGUAAAUAAACUAACAGUUGUCUGUAGUCCCCUUAUCUUUAAGGUUGGGGGGUGGGGAAAUCCUCCAGAGGGCCCACCCUCUGGGAGGGGAUACAGAAACAAGACGCUCACUGGUAAAGUCGGGGAUGCAGCUGCUGCCCACACGAGCACCGCAACUCCCAGGUAUGGUCUCCAUGUUCUUUGGCUCAACACGUGUGUUCAUUUCAUGCAGGUACUGUGGGCAUUUUUUCCCUUUUUUUCAGAUAACCUGAUAAACAUUUCCCAUGUUCCACUGUGUUCAAUAGCCAGUACUUUUUCAUUUACUUGAUUAUUUACUCAUUCUCCCGUUCUUGGGCUUUUUUGUUAUUGUUACUAUGUAUACACCACUUUUGAAUAUCUUGAACAACAGUUCCUUCAAAUUAUGUACACAGAGGGAAGUAUUUUCUCAGUUGAGUCAGGGGUCUGGACAUGUUUUUGGCUGGGGAAUUAUUUCCAUAUGAUUUCCCAAGGAACGGGGCCCACUGCUUCACUUCCUGUUGAGAAUCUGAGCGUAGUGUUUGUUUGCUGCCUGGAGCAAGAUUUGGACUUUAAGGUUUGGGACUUCCACAAUGGCCACUGGAAACCUAGCCUGUGGGACAGCCUCAUGAGUUUAAUAAAUGAGCACGCAACUGCCCCGAGGUCGCCAAGAUGCCUCUGGCUGUGGCUUUAGAACAGAGUGUAAGGGAGGAAAAAUCUUUCCCUCAACCCUUCUGAGUUCUUGGCUGAGACCCUGUAACAAAGCUAAACAAGAGAAAAACAAAGACGUGUAUUGACACGUAUACCUCAGGUAUGCAUAGGAGAAACCCCAGGAAAAUGAGUAAUUUAGAGCAGCAGCUUAGAUCUCUGGCUUAGAUAGCAACUUCAAUAAAGAACAAUGUUUAUGCAGAAAUGACAGGGAAAGCAGUUUUAGGCUUCCAGGGUCGUAAAAGGAACAGGUAAACUAAUGGUACCUAAUGCUAGUUAGUAAGGUUUGUUAUAUGUAGAUCCUAUCCCGCGCCGUCCCCCACCCCUCCGCACCCCGGCCCUGUGCCAUCUCCAAACUGAUAAGAUUAGAAUUGUCUCCAAAUCUUUCUUGUGGAGAGGGGACAGGGAUACCUCUGUAAAUGCGUGUCCUGCUUUUAGAUAGAUGGGGAAAGGCAGGGAGCUUGUAUUUGCUUCUCAACACCUCCAGCUCAAAAGAAUUGUUACCAAACCAAACUUGGGUCUGCUCGACCAUGCGUAGUAAAUCCAAUCCACUAACACCGGGUUGUGAUGGGCAGCUCUAAAACCCCGAACUCCCCCUGAAGGGUUUCAGCAAGGCAUUUUUAAAGGCCAGGUGAGGGAGGGGGAAUCUCAGGGUAUGUGAUCAGCACGUGCACAAUUCUCUGAUUGGUUAAUGGUGAGGUAACAGGGUGGUUAACAUUAUCAACCUUAGGCUCCAGUAGGUCUGGGGGCUCAUGAUCAUCAGGUAGUCAAUUUCUUCCAUUUGGUGGUGGUUUUAGCAUUUGUAAAACAACUCAGGAAAUAUGCAUCAGAUAUCAGAGGAUAUGGGGGAAGGGUCUGUCCCAGGAAAGCCUCGUAGGGUCCUGCUUGGUUACAUAACCUUUAUGCCAAAUGAGAUGUUUUGGGGUGAUAUGCUGCUACCAUCCACCAGUCGGGAGAAAAAAAUAAAUGAGCUUCAGUGAUACCUGUUGGCAAACAGACUGAUUUUUCAGCUUUACAAAGGUUACUCCUGCUGACUUCUGCAUCCCCAGGAUACCACCCUGUGUUCUAGGUUCAGAGAGACCGUAAUGAACAUGCAAGCUCCUGCACGUGCCCUGAUAUGUUUGUGAAUGCCGGGUAACAAUCUAUGACAUAUCUAUCCUACAGUGGGUGAGCCCCUACACUGGUAGUAGAUGAUCUCCUACACUGGCACUAGGGGAGCUCUUGAUUUGGCAGUCAGUGCUGGCAGUUGGUGACCCCUGUGCUAGCAACAGAUGAUUUACACUAGCAUUUGAUCUCCUACACUAGCAGCAGCUGAGCUCAUAUGCUAUUCGUUGGUGAACUCCUACUUGGGUAGUUGAUAAGCGUUCUGGAGGAAAAUAAAGCUGGAUUGAUGUGGAGUAAGCCAGGGCAGUGCAGGAUGUGGUCAGCCAUUCCUGGGGCUUCCAAAACAACCAUAAGUAUUGCCUACCAAGUUUUUAAAUGCCCAGAACCUCUCCCGCUAGGUGACUCAGCCAGCAGACCAACGGGGAGACGGGAAAGAAGCUGUGAAGAUAAAAAUCAUUCUGGGUUGAUCAGUGCUUAAAAAGCAAUUA